UGUGAUUUCCGGUGACAGUCAGAUCUCUGUGUAAAAGGAAAGCUGCCUUCGGCACAGUGAAGUUUUUCUUCAUCGCAGCUAGGCUUUCAGGGCAACAUAGAUUAAACCAGGAAGGCUUACCAAAAUGGACCCAUUUUUGUCUCUUCUGCAUUCAUUUUCCAUGAGCUUAUCUGACAGUGAGCUCUCUGCCCUUAAAUUUCUGUGCCUGAGCAAAAUUGGCAAAAGGAAGCUUGAGUCUGUCAAAACUGGCAAUGAUCUCUUCACCAUCCUCCUUGAACAGCGGGAGAUUGCAAGAGAGAAGGUAGAUUUUCUCCAGCUCAUGAUCAAAACCAUUAAAAGAGAAGAUCUGAUAAUGCAACUACAGGAGUUCAUAGAAGGUGGACAAGGCGAUGUUGUCGACCAUCUAGAUGAGAAAGAAAAAUGUCAACAGAAUGUAGCUUUUGAAGUUAUAUGUGACAAUGUUGGGAAGAACUGGAAAAUGCUAGUUCGAAGAUUAGGAAUUUCUGAUACAAAAAUUGACAGAAUUCUAACAGCCAAUCCUUAUAACUUGCAAGAACAAUUGAUGCAGUCACUUCGAGAGUGGCAGAAAUGGAGGGGAAAGGAAGCUAAGGUUGCUGACUUAAUAAAAGCCCUUCGGGAUUGCAAAAUGAACUUAGUAGCAGACAAAGUUGAACAUGAACUUUUCCAAUGGGAGGACUAAAACUAAAUGAAAUCAAAACAAUAUAUAUAAAAUGCAACAUUAAAACUGAGAGCUUAAAUAAAAAGGGAGGGAAUGCUGUCUAACUGUUAGAACAAGAGUUAGGAUACUCCAUCAUUGAUUUAGGAGCUUAAAUUCACAUUUAGAGACAUAGACCAAGACUUUCAGAAAACACUUAUGAUUUUGGGUCCUUAAUUUUUGGAUUCUCAAUCUGAGGCAAUUUAAAGGGUUUUGAUAUUUCAGAAAAUGCUGAUUACCUGCCCUGUGAGAAUCUUUAUCUUCUAUCAAGUUAGGUACCCAAAAUCAUUAGUAUCUUAUGAAAAUUCUGGCCUUAGCCUCUGAUUUGUAGACACUUGUAGACACUAAAUCUUGAUGCCCAUGGUCAUAUUUAGUCACUCAAGUAUGAAAUUCACUUUACCUCCCACAUCUGCCAAAUAGGAAUAUUACUAUGUACUUGUGGUACCUACCUCGAAGGAGUGUUGUGAAGCUUAUUCAUGUAAUGCUUAUGAGGAAGUUUAUGCUCCUUGAAUGAAGUGCUUCUUCCUAAGUGCAAAAUAUUAUUCUUAAAUUCACAAAAAUCAAGAAAUUCAAAGUUGCAAUUCCUUCAGUAGCCAUAACUCAGCCCCCUAUCCAUAUAUGGUAUUUUGCAUGACUGCAGAUGCUUUUAAAAUUUUGCCUUGAAAUAUGUACUCAGGGUCAUUGCUGUGGGAACCUGACUUCUAUGCAUUUCCAAAUUUUUAAAGGUGGCUAAAUAAUUUUGUUUGUAAUAAAAAAACCCAAAACAGACACUAGCAAUAUGCUGCCCUUCCUGCCAGAUCUUGAGAGGUAAGGAAUAUGUUCUGAAUGGUGCUUCAAGCGCUCUUUUUUUCAUGCAAGGAUGUUAAGCACCAUAUAGAAUUAGGCCUUAAGAUUGCAGUGCAAGGAGCCCAGCAGUUCUUAUGGCCUUUCCUUGGCUCAAAAGUCCCUGUUUUCAGAAUAAACUGCCUGAGAUAAAGGGUUUAUAUUAAGUACCUUCCCUGUCAUAAAGAAAGGGAUGCUAUCCUGACACUGUAAAAUACAUAGAAAGACCUUGCCCUUUAGUUGUGUAGGGGGCCCUCCUUGUUCCUCCUGCAAAAGAUUUCCCCCAUUGUAAAUGUACAUCUGAAGAUGCUGCUCACAGCCAUCACCAACUCAGAGACUCUGACAGCCCACCCUGUUAGUAGAAGCCAGAGCACUGCCCCCAUUCAGAUCAUCCAUCCAGUUUUCAAUGGGGAAAGUAGAAUUCAGUUGUCUGUGCUCUUGAUAACAUCGCAUGUUAAGAUAAAGAGAUACAUGUUAAGAUAAAACAAAAGCUUUUCUUAUGGAGAAAUGAAGUUACUGAAGAAAAUAUAAUCCCAUCACCUACAGUUUAUCCACCCUGCUAUGCAGAUGAGGAUCAGUUCUCGUCACCACAUGGUGCUCUAAUUGAAGGUGGCUCCAGGUCCAAUACUCCUUUCAUCAGCUUUCUUCAGUUUUCCUUCAUGUCAGUUCCUUAACACCACUCCCUUCAAGGAACCCAUAAAUAGCCCACAGUCAAAAAAGCAUGGAUGGGCAAGGCCAGUUUAAGGUCAUGUGGGGCCUCCUGCAAACUUCAAAUUGGGCCCUUACACUAACCCAAGAUUGUGAAAACUGCACCUACUUUAAGACCUGCUUUCAUGCCUCUGUGUCAUUUAUGUCUAGUACCAGCAUCUUGCAUGAGUUCCUCUGAAAUCAGAAUUGAUGUGACUGACUAGGACAGCGGGUGGACUCUGAAACAUCCUACUAAGAACAUAAUGUAAAAUUCAUACCUAAAGGGAGAGGCUUCGCCUUGCUGCUGAACCUGUCUCGUUUUGUUUUGUGUAGCUGAUAGCAUCCUGCUCUUUGUCAGUUUCUCACUACAUGGCAGCAUCACUGCACUCAGCACCAGAAAUUGACAAGAAGCCUGAAAUUCAGUAGGAAUGACAGCAGGCAGAAACAACACAAAACUGUCAUGAGUGUCUCCGUAUUUUCAAUUCAGCUGAUGUCUGAGCUUCAGAAAUUGACAAAUUAACACAAUUACUAGAUUACAAUUACUAGAAAGGUUGAAGUAAUGUGUACCCAGUACCGUCAUACAACAUUGUCAUAAGGGCUUUUCUUUAGAAGCUGAACAAUGAAAGAUUGGCACACACAUAUUUAUGAUCCUAAUAAGCCAGAGACCAAUGUUUGCUAGUGUCUACAUAGAAAGGAGUAAAGGGUGAUGCUCUAGCUUUCACAUAUCUGCCUUUGUGUAUAUACAGUUUCAAGUAAUUAAACUGUAAUAGAACAAUAGCUUGCUUUGCCUGUAUCUCAUACAGACUUCAGAAGAGUUCUUAAAAACUAAUGAAUAAAUAAACAAAUUCUGAAUUCAGUGCUGAAUAAAAUGCUAAUCUUGAGCUGAAUGACUAAUUCAACAAAUUUUAUUUUGUUAAAAUAUCUAUGGAUUUUUUUUCAUUAUUCUUCCCACUCUAAAGAUAACACUAUCUGUUUCAAAAUUUUCUGCCCAUCAUUCUCUAUUCAGGGGGUUUUUUUUGGUAAUGUUGGCUGGAUGAGCUGUUAUGUUUACAGAAAACGCAAAUGUAAUUGAGUAGUGAAAUAGCAAGUGAAAUAACAAACCUCCUCUGCAACAACUCAAAGUUCAAUGUCCCAAGCAUUUUGUCCUCAUUACUUUUCCCCCUUUAUUCCUAAUAUUUAACAUAACAUAUGGACUUUUGGAUCACAGCAGAUAUACAUAUAUAUGAUACAAAGAUUACAAAUUUGGUACUUCUUGCAUGUAAUUAGAAUAUCUUCUUUUGAGAACUGGAAUAGUUUUUCCGUGUGGUUGAGUCAUAUUUUUGAAGAGAGCAGCACCUGACCCAUACUAUGGUUAAAACCAAAUUUGCUCAAGAAUUGGAACAUAAUAUAAAAUGUGUUGACCCUGUGAAAUAAGGAAGCAAUGGGGUGGGACGGGAGGGGAGUGGUAGGAUGCACCAAAUAGAUCAUGUUUGAAUUUCUGCAUGUAAGGUUGAAGUUGUAAUGUAAGAUUUUAUAUGUGCAUUUCACAAAUGUUAUUUCUUAAAACAUCUUUCCUUUCA